AUGUGGGUGGCUGAUAAAUGUACCUUGAUUUUAACUGAAGGAGAUUCAGCUAAGGCUCUUGCAGUAAGUUGUUGUGUCACUGUGCAGAGUUUUUUAGCAUUAAAGUUACCUCUAUUGGGUUUCACUUUGUAUGAUUUUCGACUUUAUUCAUUGUAUUACAGUUGUCAUGAGGUCUAUAUGGACAGGUGCUACGAUCUUUUAGAGCUCAAGGGGAAGGAAAUUGCAGUUUUGGAUGAUAAAAACGGGCAAAUUCAUCUCCGCGGACUAUCUCAGGUCCCUGUGAAGUCGAUGUCUGAAUUCUAUGAGAUAUUUUCUUGUGGGAUUCAGAGGAGGAAAAUCGCGCACACCGGGCUUAACGAUGUCUCUAGUAGGAGCCAUGGGGUGCUAGUGAUUGCCGUUUCUACUCCUUGUGGUGAUGGCUCUGAGGCUGUUGUUACUGGGAAGCUGAACCUUAUAGACUUGGCAGGUAAUGAAGAUAAUAGAAGGACCUGCAAUGAAGGAAUUCGUCUCCUAGAGAGUGCCAAGAUCAACCAGUCUUUGUUUGCAUUGUCCAAUGUGAUUUAUGCACUGAAUAAUAACAAAACCCGUGUGCCCUAUAGAGAAAGCAAAUUGACCCGUAUAUUGCAAGACUCACUUGGUGGGAUAAGCCGUGCUUUAAUGGUUGCUUGCCUGAAUCCAGGAGAGUACCAGGAAUCUGUUCAUACUGUGAGCUUGGCUGCUCGGUCAAGGCACGUAUCCAAAUUUGUACCUUCAUCACAUAAGCUAGAGACCCCAAAGGUUAGAAUGGACAUGGAGGCCAAACUGCUUGCUUGGCUUGACACUAGAGGCAAGACAAAGAGUGCACAACGAAUUGGACCAUUCAAUUCUCCUUUUACGAGCAAAACUCUGGGUUCAUUGAGCUCUGUUAAGAAAGCCAGUGUUUAUCCCAGCUCUGUGACAGCAAAGGGUAGUACCAAACAAGGUGCUUCUAAGGCAAAAGAAAGGUUUGAUCCCGUGCCUUUCAUAAAUUUAAACAACAACGAAGGUCUGGCCGAUGCUUGCUUGGAGGCUGCUCUGGAGGCACCAAGGGUUCUGAACUUAAAAAGCAGUGAACAUUUCUCUGGACCAUAUGGGGAGGAUGUUGUCUUCAUUGCCAAUGAUUGGCACACUGCUCUUCUUCCAUGCUACCUAAAAACAAAGUACAAAUCAAGGGUACUCUAUAAAAAUGCCAAGGUUGCUUUUUGCAUUCAUACCAUAGCUUAACAGGGAAGAUUCUCCUUCGAAGACUUUUCACUUCUCAAUUUGCCUGAUCAAUUCAAGAGUUCUUUUGACUUUUUUGAUGGCUAUGAGAAGCCAGUGAAAGGAAGGAAAAUCAAUUGGAUGAAGGAAAGUUGGGGUGCCUACCACGAACCUUCUUGGAAUGAAUCUUAAAAUUUUGUAUGUGAUAGUGGUUGCAUCAAAGAUGGUUGUUGUUGCUGUUCUGAAACUUGCAACCAUUGGCAACGACAGAUGCAAACUUUGAACUACAUUUGUAGAUUCUUUACCCAAAAAAAGAAAAAAAGAUUUGUAAACAAAUAAAAUAAAUGGAAUGUUAAAUUACUAA